UCCGUAGAAAUCGUCGUCGGGUAGGUUACUAAAGCUUAGUUAGGACUGGUGGAGUGUCAUUGUGGAUAUCAACCAUGGAGGAGGUGGGAACAGUCGAAAUCGAGGAAACUCAGUCGGCACCACAAGAAGCACUGCCGGCAGCUCAAGACAAUCAUGAUGAUGCACCCAGUGACCCCAACGGCGGCAAUCUCCCACAAGAAGAGACAACCCCGCCAAUGGAGCGACCUCCACCUCUGAAGCUGGCGCCAUUAGUCGUCAUACUGUUUUAUCUUGUAUCAGGGGGACCAUACGGAACGGAAGAGACUGUCAAGGCUGCUGGGCCCUUUUACACCCUUCUGUUCUGCUUUCUGACUCCCUUUAUCUGGAGUUUGCAGGAGAGUCAGAUCAUGGCAGAAUUGACUUGUGCAAUGCCAGACGCAAGUGGUGGAGUUGUCUGGUGUGAGACUGCCUUUGGCCCCUUUGCAGGUUGGCUGGAGGGAACCCUCAGCAACAUUUCUGGAAUGACAGACAAUGCAAUCUACCCCGUAUUAUUCUUGGACUACCUCAUCAAGGUCCUACCAGAGGGUGCCAAAGAACAAGAACACUUGCACCCUGUCUACCGAUUUUUUCUACUGGCAUUUUUGGCCGUGUGUCUGUCCUACCUGAAUUGGCGAGGGCUCAAUCUGGUGGGGAACAUGUCCAUUGUCAUUUGCAUUGUCGCCAUGAGCCCCUUUGUGGUCAUGGCCAUUCUCGCGGCGGACAAGAUUGAUCCCGCUCGUUGGAUGGUCGGACCAAGCCUGACGGCGGAAGACUAUAAAGCUAUCAGUACCUACGACUUGUCGGGUGGAUUCUUCCCCAAUGCUACCCUAGGAGGUGUCCUGUUGCGUCCCUUCCUCAACAACCUCUUUUGGAACUACAACAGCUUUGAUUCCGUCGGGUCUCUUUCGGAAGAAGUGGGAGACAGUCCGGAACGCAUCAUCCCACGUGCAUUGAGUUGGACGUGGUUUAUCACAAUCUUUGGCUACUUGAUUCCCUUGCUGGUUGCCAUUGGGGCAUCGGAAAGCUCUCAAGCAGACUGGGAGGACGGAUAUCUAGCACAAGUCGCACACGAUGUUGUGGGACCGUGGCUUGCUGAUUGGAUGGUAUUUGCAGCGUUUCUUUCCAACUUGGCAUUGUUCCAAGCAGAGCUCAGCAGUGAUGCAUUUAGUCUUUACGGCAUGGCAAACAAGGGGAUGCUGCCGUCAGCUUUGGGAGUGAGAAGUCGACAUGGGACCCCCACCAGUGCCAUUGUCUUUUGCACCAUCAUCAUUAUUAUAUUCUCCGUGGCCCACUUGGACCAGCUCGUGGAAAUGUUGAAUUUCAACUAUGCUAUCUCCCUUCUGAUGGAGUAUGCUGCAUUCAUAAAGCUGCGCAUAUACCAUCCCGACUUACCUAGACCUUAUCGUGUUCCAUUGAGCACUCGUUGGUGUAUUUUCUUUAUGAUACCAACCGUUGGGGCUACCUUGAUGGUGAUGGCGGUGGCAAGUUACAUGACACUGCUCGUGGGUUUCUUUUCGGUGUUACUUGCCAGUGCCCUGUACAUCAUCUUUGGAAAACAAAUACGAGAAAACUCAACAACCUACACCGAGGUGAAUCAAGAACAAAGCAACGACCUCAUAGAGAUAACGUGAUAUAGAGAUUGUGUUGAAUAGAG